AUGGCUAUGCAAAUUGGGUUAUCGAAGAUUUUGAUUUUAGCUGGAGCAGGUUACACUAGUACGAUUCUGGUGAAGAAUGGAAAAAUGGCGGAUAUUUUGGGGGAGCUACGGGAUUUGGUUAAGCGAUAUGAGAAAUCCGGAAAUCAUUCAAACGACGAUUCUGAUGCCAUGACUAGUGAGAUGCAAAGGUUAGCUAUGGACAUUCGUCAUUAUGCCUCGUCGCGGCAGAUAACUGUCGUUAAUGGUGGUCAAGGAGCUGACUAUACACCGUUAAUAGUCCCGGCAGCGACACUGGGAGCUAUAGGCUAUGGCUAUAUGUGGUACAAGGGGAUUUCGUUUUCUGACAUCAUGUGCAUAACAAAGCAGAAUAUGGACAAUGCGGUGGCGAAUUUGACAAAGCACUUGGACACUGUUUCAGAAGCUAUUUCUAAUGCUAAGAAGCACUUGUCCGACCGGCUUCAGAGGGUUGAUAAUAAGCUGGACUUGCAGAAGGAUCUCUUGAAGGGAGUCCAAGAUAAUGUUGGUUUGGCUCUUGAGGAUCUUGCUAAGAUUGGAGAUGAUUUUGAGGCAAUGCAUAACAUGUUUGGUGGUAUGGGUGGAAAAUUGGAUAGUAUUGAAUACAAGCAGAAUAUUGCAAAUAUGGGUUUAAUGUAUCUAUGCGACUCUUUGGGUGGAGAGAAUCACAAGAUGCCGGAUAUUCUGAUUCAGGAGAAGCUACGACUCUCUGGGAAGUCGAAGACAUGUAUAGUACUUACAAAUGAAGAAACUUCAAGCUCACAGGAUUUGAAAGAAAGCGAUAAGAUAGAGCUACUUGAAGGCUGA